AUGCUUGCUCAUGAGUUAAUAUGCGCUCAAAUAGAGCCAUCUUUCCGCAUUUUUGAGAGAUUCAAAAGUUGGGAAAAAGAAUCUAAAGUAAUUUAUACUUCUUUCAAUUUACUGCAACAGGUAAACAGCCUUACUGAUAAUACUACGGUCUGUUGUGAGCUAAUUGAAGCUAAUGCUAGUUUGCAGCAUGAAUUGUUCAAAAUUUUAAGGUUGUUCGUGACACAAGGUAGCCUUUGUACAGAAAGUAACAAAGUAUUUCCUGAAGCCUUUGUUGAGGAAACAAUUAAAAAGUCUUAUCGGUCACCGGUAAUGAUUUCAGAAAAUAACUUCCGUCAAAAUCAGAGGGACUUACAUUCAUGUACCAAUAUACAUCCGACGGCAAAAGAUUAUCGUAAUAAUUUGGAUUAUUCGAAAAGCUUACCAAGUUUAGAAAAUGAGAUUUUAGAACGCUUAAUACAAAGUCAAAUUCAAUGUGAUAGAUUAACCAAUCAACUAAAAGCUCAAAGUAUGGAAUUUAUUCAACCUAAUAUAGAAAAUAAAUCAAUUUACUCUACUCAAAAGCGACCCAGAGCUAUGGUAGAUGCUGAAAGCAUAGUGGCUUCUCCUGUAUCAGAAUACGAUCUUAAUAAACAAGUAAAUGAACGAUGUGAUGAUGACAUUUAUCCUCAGGAAAGUGAUAAUUCUUUCAUUUCUAAUGAUCAUCUGGUGAAAUUUGUUGAAGAUAAAAAUGUUACAAGUCAUCUUCAAAGUUGGCUUUCUCCUUUGGUUAGCCGAUAUAAUGAUCUAUUCACGAAUUUACGAGUGUCGUGUAUGGAUCAUCUACAAUCAUUAGGUCAAUCUGAUUGUGCAAGAAAUCAACGCUUGAUUUUUCACGCGGUUCAAGCCGGCUUCACUGUCACCGGCCAUGUGAUCCAUCGUCUUCCCAGUUACACUCAAAAAGAAAAUUAUGUGUCAAGGAAUGUUGGUGAGCGACAAUUCUCCGCAUCAGACAUAUCGCUCAAUGCUGAUCAAUUAGAUAAACUUGUAGCCGCAACAUUCAGGCGUCUUUCACGUCACGCUCCACCAGAAUGCGCAUGUCAUACUUCAAUUACUUCGAUGAGUGGGACAAAUAUUAAACGGCCUAUUUCCAUAAGACGACCUGUGACAUCUCAGGAACUGACUGCUUUAGAUAACCUCCUAAAGGAAGUUUGUUGUCUUGCUUGGCACCUACUGGCUGGAAAAAAGAGUCCACAACUAGAUAUUGAAUCAGAUGGAGUUCAAUCUACUUGGUAUGCAGAUGUGGAUAAAGCUGCCAAACCUGGUGAUCCAUACAAUGACAAAUGUUAUCGAAGAAGCUAUGAUUCAGACCCAUCUGCUGGUCAAGUUCACCAUUACAUUUGGCCAUGUUUAAUUUUAUAUAAUCAAAGACCUACUGAAAUUCAACAGCGAUUUCAAUCAACAAAAAUGGAUAAGACUAAUAGAUGUAAAUCGGUUAAAGCAUGUAUUUUGGUGAAAGGAGAAGCAUGUACACGUAAUCCAAUAUAUGCAGCAUCGCAAAAAGAUAAAGCUGCUGCUUUAUUAAAUCAUGAAUAUUCUUGUCAGAAUGUGUGUAGAUGCACAAAGAAACAUAGUGUUGACAAUUUAUUCAGAAAGCUUUGUUUAUUCAGUAAAAAAAAUUUGGAAUGGUCUGCAUCAAUUAAUCCUUAUAGUUAUUCUGUAACAAAUCAAUUAGCUGUUGAAUUUAUAACUUUUUAUGUCUUUUAUGAUCAUUAUUAUUAUUACUGUAGUAGUAUUGACUGUGUUUAUAAUUUAACAAAACCAUGACGAAUUUUGUAAAAAACAGUUAUUUCGCAUAGAUUUUUAAAUAAAAUUUCUAUUUUAUAA